AUGGAAGAGGAACAUUCAGUCAUUAUAAUUGGAGAAAGCAAUAAUACAAUAAUGAGCGAGGAGGAGAGGUCUUCUGCUGCUCAUAUUUUGAAAGUUCUUAGAACAAACGAUUACGAUGACAAUGAUAGAAAAAAAAUAGGAACUAUCACUCGUAAAUAUCAGAUUCGAGAAUUUAUUUUUCAUUUGAUUAAUGAAUAUAUUCAUUUUAUUGAACAACCUGAUAUCAAUCUACCAGAAGGCAUCGAGAUACCAGAAGGACAUGUUUUCAAAUUUUUAUUAUAUGGAGCUGGUGUUCAAAAGUAUCAAUGUGCAACUAAUGAAACAACUAAAGCCAAAUUUUGGGCAUUAGUUGGACCAUCGGCCUAUCUUAUCAACGACAUUAAAAAAGAAAAAUUCAAAAAGAAGUUUAGAGUUGCAUACCAUUUUUUCCAGGAGAAACCUGUUAACGGUGGGAGACCAACAUGGAAAUCUAUUAUAGAAAAUGACAAAUCUUUGGUCAUCACCGCUCUGCGUUCUCAGGCACCUUCGCCUGAUGAUCCAGCAAAAAAUAUUCCAUGGCUAGUAACCCAAGCCACUCAUAAUGAAGGUCCAGGUGCUUUCUCUGAUGUAACCUAUGUACUUCGUAUUGCCACUUAUGGCGGAAUUGCGCCACCAGCUAGUGAUUGUGGUACCAAAUAUAAAGAAGGUCAAGAAGUUAAUAGUUACUAUACAACUCAAUAUUGUGAUGGUCAUUUGAUUGCUGAAGAAUUGUUAACAAGAUUAGAAUUAUAUGGUGUGUGUAAAGAAUGUCUAAGGCCAAAAACAGGAUGGUUCUGGUGUCAGCCAUAUCAACAUAAAUUGAUCGAUGGUUUUUUGAAAUCUAUUCUACUUUCCGCCAAGUCGUAUCGUGACUUUGCACAAUGGAUCCCAUUCAAUCGUUUAAAGAAUAUUAAAUUUUUGUCAAGUGGUGGAUUUUCAACCGUUUAUACGGCAGCUUGGCUGGAUGGCUGGAUAUUAGAGUGGAAUCGGAUUGAUAAAUGUUGGUCACGAAGUGGUGAACGAACUGUUAUUAUGAAAGUUUUAGAAAAUUCUGUUAAUGCCAAUGAAGAAUAUUUGAACAAUAAGAUUAGGCCUUUGUUCGAAAGUAAAUUUGGUGUCAUUCGAUAUUAUGGUAUAUCACAGGAACCAAAAUCAGGAAAUUAUAUUUUAAUAAUGGAUUAUGCAAAAUUAGGGAAUCUCACUACUGAUUCAUCAUUAUCAUUUACAUCUUCAUCACCUCAAAAACAAAAAGAACCACAGGUUAAUGGAUCAACUACAACUAGUCCACUUAAUGAUACUGCUACCAUAAAUCGUAAAAGAGCCAGUUUUCAAUCUAGUAGUAUUUAUACAAGUAAAUUAUUGGAUUUUUCUAAUUUACCUAAACCGAUGAAUGCUCCAGUUGAUCCAGAAGGUCCAGAAGGGAAUGAUCAAACUGAAUUAUUAUUAGAAAGGAGAGAUAGCGAAAAAAGUCAACACAGUCAAAAAAGAUAUACUAAAGGAAGUCGUUAUGAUAGUAAAAUGGUGGCAGAGGAUUAUAAUGAUUUAAAUGAAUCAAUUUAUAUUGAAUUAUUAAAUAACAAUGGUAAAGACGAUAACAAUUAUAAAAAUAAUGAAAAUUAUAAAAAUGACAAUUUUAAUUAUUAUUAUAAAAAAAGUGGAUUGUUCUAUUGA